AUGCUGAUGUGGGUCCUACCGUUCUGCGGAAUGCGGGGAUCCAACCUCAUAUUUGUGGUCUUGCAAUUCUCCCUUCGUCCUCCUACUAUGGAUCAAUACUCCCCUCCUCAGGGAGGAUCAUCCUCUCCAAACGCGUCCAGAGAACCUCGUCUCCAUUUGCCUUCUACUACCGACCCGCCAGGUCCGCAGAAUCCCCCCAAACCUCUCGUAUGGCUGCUCAAGCGCGAGCCGAUCGGGAAAGCACAGACUGACCCAAGAGUCGCGAGCCAGAUAUUCGGUGCUACAGGCCACAUGGGCCGGUCCCUCGUGAAAACAGCGCUAUCGCGCAACGACCUCGUAGCCGCCGUCGGCCGCACCUACGAGAACAGCCCGGAAGCUAUGAAAGAGCUCGAAGACGAGCACGAAAAUUGCAUGGGUCUGCUCUGCGACGUGCGAGCCCGCGACACAGUCCGCCAAGUGAUUGACCGCACAAUCGGCCGAUUCGGGCACAUCGACGUGAUCGCCAACUGCUCCGGCUACGGCGUGAUCGGGGCCUGUGAGGACCAAGACGAAUUCGACAUCCGCAACCAAUUCGAGACAAACUUCACCGGCACCCUAAACAUGAUCCAGCUCUCAUUGCCGCACUUCCGAGAGCGACGGGCGGGGCGGUACCUGAUUUUCAGCUCGACGUCUGGCGCGCUGGGCGUGCCUGGACUCGGCCCCUACUGUGCGUCGAAGUAUGCUGUCGAGGGGCUGAUGGAGAGUAUGCUGUAUGAGGUGGACAGCUUUAAUAUCAAGGGCACGCUGGUCGAGCCGGGACAUAUGCGCCGUGACGACGUCGGGGAUCUCGUUUCGCCUUCGUAUAUGGCUGCGAAUCCGUCGGACGAUAAUCUGUCGUCGCCGCUGCCAUUGUAUGGCCAUUUCUUGGUUAAGCCGCCUAGUGAGCCUUAUAAUACGACUACGUCACCGGCUGCGCAUGCGCGCCGGAUGCUGAUGUGGCUAGGGGACAAGCAGCCUGCUUCUGCUGUUAAAGCGGCACAUCUGGUUUGGGAGCUGGGGCAUUGUUCAUAUCCGCCUCUGAGGUUGAUUUUGGGGACAUACGCCGUUGAGAGUAUUCGGGAUCGACUCAAGUGUAUUAUUGAAGAGAUUGAGGAUUGGAAACAUCUUAGUUUUCCACUUGAGGAGACACAACCUGCUGCUUCUGGUCGAGAGAGAUCAACAGUGCAGACGAAUAAUCAGACAGAAACCACUGAAGGGGGAUGA